AAAACCUUAUUCAUGGAUCAGCCAUUACUGCAUGAUAAGCUUGACGCACAUGAUCAGAAUCAGGUCGCUUAUGAUUUGGCGUUCAAAAGCAACCGUCUGGUCUUGGCGAGACGACAAUCGCUUGAAACCCGUGGCGAGCUUGAAACGGAGGGGGAUAGUUCAAGGAAUCACCUGGAGGAUGAAAAUAUCAGCUACGACUUAUACUCGUUUGGAGACCAUACCAUUCUGUUGCAACGGCAACAAGAUGCUUUAAUGGAGGUAAACUCGAACAAACAAACAUACUUGACAGCCGUACUCGAUUACAGCAAGGAAAUCGGUCAAAACCAGCAUUUGGAUCUUCUCAAAUAUCCAAACACACGCACAAAAUACUGGCUGCAGUCAUACGUCUCUGGUCACGGUAAAAUUCUUGAAGGUCAAAUCCAUGUUGCAACCAACCAGCUCGUGGGCACGCGAUGCUUGCACAUGCGCAAUAUUAUGGCGAACUGGACACCCUCUCGAGAAAGCGAAUUUAUACGAACACUGCUUUCAGAUUUGUACACGUAA